AUGUCAUGUUUGCUAGGGAACACUUGGAGCAGUGUCCUUACGUUUGCCGCUACGCUGGAGACUCAACACCUACUGGCGGCCGUCAGCCAUGGUUUUGCAUUGGCAGUUAGGGCGCCGGUGGUGUGGGAAGGGCACGAUGUGAGCUUCCAGGAGAAGCAUUUCAAUGGCUUAAAUCGUCGCGGCUGGUGCAGGGCGUUAGCCUUACUGCCAUGCUUGGUUCGCGCCAGGAGCUUGCGACUCAGCAGCUUCCGUGACAGCAACUUGCAGCUAUUUGCGGCCUCAACAUUGCAGAGAGCCUCCCGGGAGUUUUGCUCGCAGGUCGUCGUUUUGCCGUACAGCUUUUGCAAGGAACAUUGCGGUGAACACAUCGACCUUCCUUCUCCUCGGCAUUUGGGGGCACAAAGGCGCACGGAUGCCCGCAAGAAGGGUGGCGGCUUGCUGCUGGGCACUGGGCCUUUGCAAUGGGAUGAGGAGAAUUCGCGAAGCUUUGCAGUGCGCUUAGAGGUGCUCUCACCUGGCGAGCGUUUGGACAUUGGUGUGACAGCACAGGCACCCUUUGCGCACUUUGCAUCGGAAGCGACAGGGCGCCGCCGGCCACAGGUGGCCUUUGCUGAGGAUUUGCUCAGCAGCUGGGUGGUUGAGUCCUCGGGGCUUUUGGUUGGAAGCCAUGCAGGCUUGCGGAUCCGAGACGAGCGUUGGAAUGCCCGCAGUCUUUGCGCCGGAGACCUUGUCAGGCUAACAGUCAUGAUGAACGGCGAACUGCACUUGUCGGUCAAUGGCGACUCUGUGGCAAUGUGGCGGGCACAGAUUCCUUGCCGGAUUCCUAUCUUCCCUGUGGUCGAUCUUUUUGAAGGCGCCCCACAGAUUCGAUUAGAACCUUUAAAUUUCGAUGGAAAAUAA